UAUACAGAUAGACCAGCACGCGAACAUCAAGAAAAACCAGUAGAAUGCAGUCGGCCUAUAGACUGGCUGUGGAAUGUUGCGAAUCGUUUCGUGCUGUGGUACUCUGCUAAUCUUUCUGAAUUUCUGCCAAGCGAAUAAAUGGUAUAGAUCAGUUGACCAACCCGUAAUCGAUGGAAUUCAAAGCGAUCAUAAGCUCAACAUAGUUAAGGAUACGGAUGGAUUUAUAAUCACUUCGCCUGGUUAUCCGGAUAAUUAUCCUCCGCUGGCCAACGAGAGCUACUAUAUAAACGGAUCUCAGUACCCAAUUCAACUUGAUGCUACUUAUGAGCUACAAGAUCAAGAUCGAACCUAUAACCGAUGCUUAACAGACCGGUUGGCCAUAUGGGAUUUAAAAUAUCCAUACAAUAUCUUGUUGAUUGCUUGCGGCAAAGGUAACUUCAGCGUCACCUCAUACAGCGACCAAGUUGCACUGUUGUUUUUGUCGGAUGGUAGUCAGCAGUUCUCAGGAUUCAAGAUCACAGUGACAAGAUCCGAAUGUGGAUAUGGUGAUUUGUGGUGCCCUUCAGAUGACUUUAUUUGUGUACCGAAUGAGCGUAUCUGUGAUGGGGUCCCGGACUGUCCAGAUGGAGAAGAUGAGGUCUGUAGUUCCACUUGUGGUCUUCCAGCCGUACAGCCAAGCGCUAAUCCGGUGCGCAUAGUUGGAGGCGUCACGGCGGUGCAGAAUUCGUGGCCAUGGCAGGUUUACCUUUCGUUAACAACAACGUACUGUGGCGCUUCGGUGAUUGGAAAACAAUGGGUUAUGACUGCUGCGCAUUGCUGUAUGAAGGACGGCGUGCAACGUAAACCCGAGGAAUUUACGCUGUACAUGGGCUUCCAUGACUGUUGGCCGGUGAUUGAUGCAGACGCCGUUAAAGUGAAAGGAGUCUAUUCGCAUCCCAGGUUCCACCCACUAUUGGCAGGCGUAAAUUACGACUUCUGUUUUCUCGAGCUGGAGCAGCCCAUAACAUGGUCGAACCAGAUAAGCCCUGUUUGUCUGCCCCGACCAUACGAUGAACCAAGGGUGGGGACAGUGUGCACAGCCACCGGGUGCGGCUAUACGAAUCCGAGCAACGCUAGCGGACCCAGACCGAAAGGCGUCUACGCCCGUCAGCUCCAGCAGGUUGAUUUGAAUAUCGUGGACCCGUUUGUAUGCGCGGUUAGCUACAUCCAAAUGACACCGGAAAUGACCUGUGCCACCGGACCCGGGAAAGACACAUGUCAAGGAGAUAGUGGCGGACCGUUAACUUGCCGGAUGCCUGCAGCAGAUGGCUCGCCUUCAGCGCAGUUUGAACUGACAGCGCUGACCUCUUUCGGCCUUGGAUGCGCGUCAGGCACGCCGGGUGUAUAUGCCAACGUGCGCUUUGCCCUCCCGUAUCUGAUAGAGGUAUUGUAUGAACAACACCGAGAAGGCUGGUUUGAGGAUACGUCCGUGCCAUUAGCUGACCAUUUGCGUAGUGGAUCCAACCCGUUUCCUGUCAGAAAGUCCAAUCGUACAACGACAACCGUUACAAGCGACGGUACCGUCACUCGGCUUUGUGACAACAAACAGUUGUUUUAUUUUCUGUUUACAUGUUAUUUACAUGUUAUUUUGUGCUUUUAUUGUUGGUUUGAUUAUCUUCUCUGGUUUUAUAUUAUUAUAGUAGCUAACCUUACGUAAAAAUGCGGCUUAAUUUGGACAUCUGUAAGUUAAAGCCAGUUUUGCAAAGGGAUUCUGAAAAGUUCCCUUUAUCCUUAUUGUUCACACCUUACAAUGAACUGUAUGUUGAGUAUUGUUUAGACCGCAUACCGGUAUAUCUCUGUCACCGUGUGGCACUCAACAAUGUAUAAAGUAAGUUUUGCACUGUGGCUGGCGCUGCUGCAACUACAGAGUACACUGUUAUUAAAUUCACUAUGGCUG